GACCCGCGCGGCGCGGCGCGGCGCGGCGUGGCGCGGCACGGCGGCCCUCGGCGCGGCCUCGCUGACUGGCGCCGGUUUGGCAACGUCGCGGGCGGCAUAGAUUCCGCUCCGCAACCGCAACCGCACGUUCGCCGCCGGGCCGCCAUGAUACCAAAGCCGUGCUGGCCGUGCAACGGUUUCUCCGCAGUGACGCGCAAGCCGCUGCCGACACGACAACGCAGGACGGGCGCACUGCGGCUAUUCCGUUGCCGAUUUCAAUCACUUUCGCAUAUUACCAAUUAAUCGGUGACCACCGUGGUCUUGGUGGAGAGGACGACGGUGCUCCGUCAUCAUCGAUCGAUCUCUUUUUCUUUUUCCUCACGAAACUCGAGAUUCGGGAAAGAGAUUUCGCGAAAGUAUUAAUCGAACAGUUUGGCCGCGUGGUGCGAAAUCGAGUCGUGAGGCGAAAGGACGACCGAGCGGUGUGUAAUUGAAGGAAAGAAACUCUCUGUGACUCUCUCUAUGAGCAUGUUCGACACGGAGAGGUUCAUCGAGGAGAUAGAGAGACGGCCGGCGAUCUACGAUGUGAACCGCGGCGAGUACAACGACCGUAACGCCAAGAUGACCGCGUGGGACGAGGUCUGCCAGGUGAUGGUACCGAAUUGGGCGCGCUUGACGGACGAGGAGAGAAACGUGGAAGAAAAAAAUUUGCGCGGAAAAUGGAGGAACAUACGAGAUUACUUUAUGAAAGAGCUCAAACUUCAGAAGACGCAUAAGUCUGGACCGGCCGGGCGCAAACGAAAGAAGUACAUGUAUUUCGAUCGAUUGUUGUUCCUCAUGCCAACAGUCGAGAAUAAGAGGGGUUCCGCAACCAUCAAUCCUUGUAAAUCAGAGGAAAGCGAAGGGGAGAUGGACAAUCCCGUGAUCGAAGAGUACGAUAUACCUCUUGCUCAUGGUACCUCUAUAACGAAUAGCCGGGAGUAUCUUCAAGCAGGUACUCCCUCGUACAAGGUGUGUCCGCGUUAUUCGAAACAGCUUUGCGAGACCUCCUUCACGCCAUUCGACAACGAGAUACACGACAUCCUCUCCUCGCACAGCAGUCAGCGCGUCACCCUUGACGAGGAUGAUUACGACAAAAUGUUCCUCCUUUCGCUGUUGCCAAUAAUUAGGCAAGUGCCAGAGGAGAAGAAACUGGACGUUAGGAUACAGAUGCAGCAAGUUUUGGCCGUAGCGCUGCACUCUGAUAAUAAAUGAAGAGUUUGAUGCGCAUUUUUUUAGAGAAAAAAAGUGGAGUUCAUAAAUGCCGUUGCAACCGAAUUUUCAGUCUUGUCGUCUUUGGAACUAUCAUUAUCUUGCACUACAAAGGAAAUUUUUAAAAGUUUGUACGAGGAAUCAAACCAAUAAAUUCACCAGUGGCCACCGUGGUAUUUCAAUAGUAAUCCUAAUUCUAGCCAAGAUAAUGCAUAUUAUUUCGUUUAUAUAAUAUCUUAAUGUUUACAAGAUUUAUGCUCGGCAAUGUACUUUGAUAUACGUAAGAUACCACGUAAGUUAGUUGUAUGCAGACGUAGCAUGCUCUUUUUUUAGAAUUCACCUCUAGUUUGGAGGAAUAGCCCCUUCAACCUAGCCUUAUAAUUAUACAUAACACAGGGUCUCAUGUUCUCCACUUAUCGAGGGAAUUCUUUAAUGCACUCCCUCUUAAUCUAAAAAAAUGAUAAUCUCUUAUUUAGCACAUUAAUUUUUCAAUGCGAAAAAUGCGGGUUAAAAGCUAGGUUUGAACCCAAGCCCGUAGUUUAUCACGCUAUGUGAUACGCUCAUUAUUAAUUAAGAUAUGAUAAGUGCAAAGUUUAAACUAUAUUGUUUAUGAUGUAGACUAUAAAUUGUGUCGAAAUAAUCCACAUAACAUAAAGUCUCAAAUCGAGUCAGAGGACGUCUAAAGACACAUUUCCAAAGAUAGUUUUAAAGAUAUCUAAAUGAUGUCUUAAAGAUGUCUUAUGAUCCGAUCAUAAGAUUUCAUGUUGUCUAGGGACUUAGUAUAUAAAUCACAUUUAUGGAAUAUUCUAGGAUAUAUGUAUAAUGAAUAAAUUUUAUAUUGCAUAUUUUAAAGUAAGCAUGGAUGUGAAUACUGCGUCUGUGAUAUUAUACUCUACUCGACAAUCGAAGAGACGAAGAUGUCAUAGCAAUAUAGCGCAAUCUUGUCAUACUAAUAUAAUUCAAUUGAAGUAUA